GUGAUCUCGCCCUAGCCAAGAGUCCGGUGUCUGACACUGAUCUGCACAUAUCCAUUCUCAAUCAAUUAGGUGCUGAUUAUCGUCCCAUCAUCAGUGCACUACGUGUCCGCAACACACCCACCUCCAUGAUUGAAUUGUCUCAGAUUCUUACUGAUCACGAGAGAUUUCUGCAGGCUUCUGAUGAACCCAGUGCUUCUUCAUUAAUACCUACUGCUAAUGCUACUCAGAGAUACACUCCGCAUGGUUCGUUUGCUACUGAUGCUCGCAAACGUGAUUCCACUCCUCAUGGUGGCUAUCGUUCACGCUCCAGUCAGCAAUCCUCAGCUGGUUCCAGGCCUUCCACUCCGAACACUUCUAGUCGGGCAUCACCCAUUUGCAGAUUUUGUAACUUUCAGGGGCAUGUUGUUAAGGAUUGUCGCAAACUGGCUCGAUUUCUUCGUGAGAAUCAUCUCACUGUCUCUCCUUCUGUGCAUACUACAAUGACCACCAGUGCACUCUCAGGCCCCUCAACCCCUUGGAUGUUUGAUUCUGGUGCCUCUCAUCAUGCAGCCUCUGGCGUGGCUUCUCUUCAAGAGUUUUCAACAUAUGACGGUCCGGAUGAAAUUCACUUAGGCAAUGGUACGUCUCUCCCUAUUUCUCAUGUUGGUCGUACCCUAGUUUCUACUCCUACCCGUCCUCUCUCGCUUACUAAUGUUCUCUGUGUUCCCCAACUUCACAAAAAUCUUGUUUCAGUUUCUCAACUUUGUAAAACUAAUCGAGUUUCUGUUGAAUUCUUUCCAUCUCAUUUUCUUGUGAAGGAACAACCAACCGGGAGUCCAAUCCUCAGGGGUGAAAAUAUCAAUGGCGUAUACUAUGCUCCGUCGGUCAGUCCACCAAGUAUCAAUGCUACCAGUCUAUCUACUUUAUCUCAACUCCACCACCGCAUGGGUCAUCCGUCCAAUAAAGUCUUAGUUUCUAUUUUAAAUAAAUGUAACAUGACCGUGUCUGCUCGGUCACUUAGUGAGUUUGUGUGUACCUCUUGUCAUAUUAAUAAAAGUCAUAAAUUACCCUUUGCGGUUAAUUCACUUACUAGUACUCGUCCACUUGAACUUAUUUAUACCGAUGUUUGGAGCACAAAACAAAUAUCCGUU